AUGUCUGUCAUGGGAGACUACAGCUCUUCGGAGCUUACAAUGACCGUCCUUGGUUGCGGAACCAUGGGCAUCGCCAUUCUUAACGGCAUCCUCACCUCUCUCGUGGAGAUGCAGGCACCCAGGCCUCUCCAGACUCCUUCGGCGUCCGGCACCUCCACCCCGUUGUACGACGAGGUUCCCGCCCGUCUCCCCUCGCGCUUCAUCGCCUGCGUGCGCCGGCCCGAGAGCGCCAAGAAGGUCAAGAAGGCGCUCUGGGAGCACUCCUCCGUCCUCAAGGUCGUCCAGAAUGACAACGUCAACUCGGUCCACCAGUCCGAGGUCAUCAUCCUCGCCUGCAAGCCCUACAUGGUCAAGGACGUCCUUAGCGAGCCCGGCAUGGCCCGCGCCCUCCACGGCAAGCUGCUCGUCAGCAUCUGCGCCGGCGUCACCGAGACGCACCUGGAGGAGAUCCUCCACGGCGCCGCGCCGACCAAAAACCCAGAGGAGGACGGCCGGUGCCGCGUCAUCCGCGCUCUCCCCAACACCGCCUCGCUCAUCCGCGAGAGCAUGACCGUCAUCGGCGCCCCGACGUACCCGCUGCCUCCCCAGACCGCGAGCCUCGUCACCUGGAUCUUCAAGCGCAUCGGCGACGUCGUGUACCUGCCUGCCAACAACAUGGACGCCAGCACCGCUCUAUGCGGCUCCGGCCCGGCCUUCUUUGCGCUCGUCCUCGAGGCUGCCAUCGACGGCGCAGUGGCCAUGGGCCUCCCUCGUGCCGAGGCCCAGAGGAUGGCUGCCCAGACCAUGAAGGGCGCCGCCGCCCUGGUCCAGAACGGCGAUCACCCGGCUCUCCUGCGGGACAAGGUCAGCACGCCCGGCGGCUGCACGAUCGGCGGGCUGUUGGUGCUUGAGGAGGGCCGUGUGAGAGGCACCGUUGCGCGUGCGGUGCGGGAGGCGACAGUCGUUGCCAGCCAGCUUGGCCAGGGUGUUCAGGGUGUUAAUGGCACCCGCUUCCCCUCGCAAUCAGGAUACCCCCAGUACUGA